AUGAGCGACAAUCGACAGCAACAGCAGCAACAGCAGCAGCAGGCACCGCCUCCGCGUGUCAACACCGCUGCGGCGCUGCUGCAGGAGAUCAAAAAGGAAAGGGAGGAGCGACUAUCCUCCAGCGGCGGUAGCUACCCGCACGCCCUGCGCGGUGGCAGCGGCGCCGCCGAUGUCGGCCCCUCCUACACAAAGGCGCCCGUCGUCGGUUUCACCGACCACCGGCUGCCGCCGCAGCAGCUGCCGGCGCCCGACAAGGUCACGCGGACCCAGCCGCCCAGCCUGCCCUGGCCGUUCAACGACAAGGCCCGACCUCAGAGCGCCGAGGGCGAAAGCAGCGCCGACGUGGACACGCCGGGCGGUCUACCCGCGCUGGAGCUGUUCUCGGGCCUUCACUUCAUGAAGCCACGCGUGGGUGGCGGCGGAGGCGCCCAGAGGUCCAACUCUCGCGCCAAGCCGAAGGCGGGACGAGACACGAACGAGCGGGGCGCGAGCGACGAGGAAGAGGAGAGCGACGAGGGGGAAGAGGAGAUCGGAGAGCAGGCGGUGGUGUUGCGGCGACACCACGGGGCCAAGCGGCGACAGGACAGCUCCCAUGAGCUGGUCCUCGAGCAGCACGCCGGCGCGAGCAAGCGCCUGCGACCAGCGGCGAGGCCCAAGAAGGCCAAUCUGUGGACGCUCGACGCCCACCUGCACUACCUCAGCAUCUGGCUGGAGUAUCUCAACACCUACAAGACCCACAUAUGGACGAUCAGUCCGCUCGACCCGGCGGCGCUGGACCACAACAACGCGCGGCACCUCCUGUGCACCAACGAAGGCGCCGAGGACAGGUCGGCCCUCUCCCUCUCCGUCAACUUCUGUCUGGCCAUCGGCGCGCUGAUGCACGGCGAUGAGAAGUCGCACAUGGAGUUCUACAUGCGCGCGCGACAGCACCUGGGCUAUCUGUUCGACACGACGGACUACAGCGUGGCGCUGGCGCUCAUCGCCAUGUCGCACCACACCAUGUACUGGGAGGCCGAUGCCAAGCGGAGCGAGUACUACCUAACCCUGGCCAUCAACAUCAUCGCCCAGCUGGGCGCCUUCCACAGCGACGUCUACCACCGCUGCCUGUGCAUGCACAGCCUCACCUUCCGCCACGGGUCGAACGACCUGGCCAAGAUGGUGAAGCUCAAGCAGGAGCUGCGGCGGGCCAAGCAGAUGCCCUACUACCCCAUCACCCAGUCGGCCAACUCGGUCGUCUCCUACGACAUGUUCCGACACCUCCGCUUCGUGACCGGCGCCACGGGCAUCAUGACCAGCGUGGUGGCCGGCAUCAACCUCUUCAAGGCCGUGUCGCCGCCCGGCUCGCAGGGCUCGGUCUCGCCCGAGCAGCAGAUCGUGUUCCGCAAGCUCAUCCAGGCCCUCGACGACCUCGACAGCGAGAUUCGCAGCCUGCACGGCAUGGACGCCCCCAGCCCCUCCGCCUCGCUCACCAUGCUCGCCUUCAUCACCGCCCUCCGCGCCGAGUGCUACAUGUGCCUGGGCGACUACAAGGCGGGCCUGAGCUGGGCCAACCAGUUCCUGCAGGACUCGCGCAAGCCGCACUUCCGCUUCGUGAUCGCCGGGGUGGUGCUGAUGCUGGACAUGAUCAUGGGCAUCCUGCUGCGGGCCAACCAGUUCGCCAUGCUCGCCGCGCAGAUGGACGCCAUCGAGCACAACUGCGUGUCCUGCCCCACUCUCGACCUCGUCAAGAACAAGUACAAGAAGCACCUCAUCGAAGACAUCCAACGCCGACAGCUCAUCGCUGACUCCCGAACAGCACUGGAGGACGCGGGAACGUCGGCUCUGCAGCACUCACAGCCGCAGCGACCAGCGCUGGUGGCGCCGCUCCUCGCCAAGCAGGAGCCGCCGCCGCCGCGAGAGGGCGGCAGCUACGCGUUCGGGGACUUGCCGGCCGGCGGUCAGAGGGAUUCUGGGUCGGGGUCGCCCCUGGGCCACACCUUCCCCGCGUCGCCGUCGUCUGGGGCCGCUGGCUUCCCCUCGCGCUCCAGCCAGUGGCACUACUACGCCGGCGAAGGGUCGGGCGCCCAGCCCCAGUCCUCCGUCUCGGCCUUCUCGCCGUCGUCCAUGCUCAAUUCCGACUCGGCCACGCCAACGCCCACCGGUGCCGAGGGCAACCGUCGCGCGGUGGAGACCCCCGAGGAGUACUCGGGGGGUGGCCAAAUGGAGUACCAAGAGGAAGAGGGCCGGAAGGUUCAACAGGGCGAGGCCGAUGGCGCUGUGGGUGACCACCAGCUGGACCGAUACGAGGCGCCCUCGCCUCCGCCGCUCGAUGACCACGAGUACUUCAACGGGCUACUCAACGACCAGGAUGAGGGUCUCCUCCAGCAGUUCCUAGACUCUUCCUGA